CGGGGUGUGGGGGGGCUGGUUUCACCACCCCCAGAGCUGGCCUGUGUCCGCCGCCCCGGGGAGCCCCAUGGAGACGGGCCCGCGCAGCGCUGUCGUCUUCAACGCCUCCAAGGGCGAGGCGUUCACCCCCGCCGGCAGCUACAAAUCCUUGCGGAAAAGGCUUCAUGGGAAUUGGAAGAUCCAGAGCUUGAAAGAUGAGAUCACGUCUGAGAAGCUGUUAGGGGUGAAGUUGUGGAUUACAGCAGGACCAAGGGAAAGGUUCAGUGCUGCUGAGUUUUCAGUUCUGAAGACAUUCCUGGAGGAUGGUGGAGCCAUCCUGGUGAUGCUAAGAGAAGGUGGAGAGUCCCGAUCUGGCACAAAUAUUAACUUUUUGCUGGAAGAAUAUGGCAUCGUCUUCAACAAUGAUGCUGUAGUACGAAACGUAUAUUACAAGUACCACCACCCAAAAGAAGCACUUAUCUCUGAUGGAGUUUUGAAUAGGGGAAUCAGUGAAGCUGCAAGAACACCCCUGCUUGAGACAGCAGAUGAAGAUGGAAGUGGACGUAACUCACAAGCGCUCACUUUUGUGUAUCCAUUUGGUGCCACACUGAAUGUGAUGAAGCCAGCAGUGGCUGUUCUGUCAACAGGGUCUGUCUGCUUCCCACUCAACAGGCCUGUUCUUGCUUUCUAUCAGCACAAGGCUCAAGGUGGAAAGUUGGCAGCACUGGGAUCUUCCCACAUGUUCAGUGAUCAAUAUUUAGAUAAAGAAGAAAACAGUAAAAUCAUGGACGUGCUUUUCCAGUGGCUUACAACAUCAGAUAUCCAUUUAAACCAGAUGGAUAUGGAGGACCCUGAGAUCUCAGACUAUACGAUGCUCCCUGACACGGCCGCGCUGUCUGAACAACUGCGAGUCUGUCUGCAAGAAGGAGAUGAGAACCCCAGAGACUUCACAAAGCUGUUUGAUACAUCCCUUUAUCAGCUGGAUACAACCGCCCUCCCUUCAGUUAUCAAAGCUUAUGAACAACUUAAUGUGAAGCACGAGACCCUCCAACUCAUUCAGCCUCAAUUUGAGACUCCACUACCUGUCCUCCAGCCAGCUGUUUUUCCACCUAUUUUCAGAGAAUUGCCUCCUCCAUCUCUGGAGCUUUUUGACUUGGAUGAAACUUUUUCCUCUGAGAAAGCUCGUCUUGCAGAGAUUACAAACAGAUGUACUGAUGAUGACCUGGAGUUUUACGUACGAAAAUGUGGAGAUAUCCUGGGAGUAACGAGUAAACUCCCAAAGGAGAAGCAAAAUGCCAAAUAUAUCCUGGAGCACAUCUUCUUCCAAGUGGUUGAGUUUAAGAAACUGAAUCAGGAACAUGAUACUGACACGAGUGAAGCUGGAUUCCAGAAUGGUAACUGAGACCUGGCUUUCCCCCAUUUGAGAUACAACUUUUACUAAAAACUCAUUUUUCCAUUUAAUCUUUUUUUCUAACCUCUGUGCUCGGUACAUUGAUUGGGACUGUCUUAGUAGUUCACUGAAUGUUUGGAUCAUUUUUGAGUGGUAGUUUGGAUAAUGAAUGCCUUUUGAGGAACUGCUUGUCUUUUGCAAGCAACUUCCAAAUGAUUUCCUAUUUUUCUAUUUCUUGAUUGAAACUGUAAUUUUGUAAUAUAUGGGGGGAGAAAAAAGAAAUCUUGUAUUAAGAAAA